AUGAGAAGCGUGGGGUUCCCCCGGAGCAAAGGCGAAGAGCUGUCCUGCCGACGGGAGCUCCAGGGGAUGACCGACAUCAGCUGGGGUCUUCGGAGGGCCCUCACGGAGACAGGGCCAGCUUCAGAGAUAGAUUACAGAGUGUGUGAACAGCAGUUGAAAGGAGCAUAUAUGAUUGAAAACAAGAAAACCGUGGGAAAGAGACAGAGGCUGUGGAGGGCAGAAAGAGUACAGGCGGAGUCCCGGGAGAGAGAACAGAAAGAGCUGAUGACUGGGAAGAAAGGGGGUUCUGAUAAGAGAAAACUUACCGAACAGGACAAAUAA